AUGGCGCCCGUGCAGCGCCCAAGUGGCCGCGCAUCGAGGUCCACUCGCCCCGUUCGUUCUAGCCGUACUAAAGUGGACACCUAUCACGAAGACAGUAAUUCUGGAGAAGAGAACAUGGACCCUGAAUCGGGAGAUGGAACAUGGAGGCGCGCAUCAUUGUCUCUGCGCCCGCGCGAUCCGAACCGAAUGUAUCGCGAAGAGUCGACUGAUACCAGUUUCGACGGAGAAGCGGAAAGCGAAUCAGACUCCGCGGUGGUCGGUCCAGCGGAAGCGCCAACGACAUCAAUGCCUGCUGUCCCUACAUCCGAAUCCAACGCCAACGCUCGUCCUUUUCGCGCUCAAUCACAGCCAUCGCGACGCAUGACGGCGUCAUCGAAACCAAAGCAAUCCAAAAGACGUCGUCAGCAGAAACGAGAAGUGGGUAGACGCCGCACCAAGCGACCCAAAAUACAGGCAGAGGACACAAUUAUUGUAGGCUCGGGAGUGAUUCCUCCCUGGCAGACACUACCUUACCAGGUCCUCUUCGAUAUCUUCCGGUGUGCAUCACAUCCACUAUUCAAUGAACAGCUCAACACUCGCACCGAUUCCGCCAAAUGGCUGGUCAAUGUCGGCUUGCUGUGCCGAAGUUUCCUUGAGCCAGCUAUUGCUGCUUUGUAUUACUCCCCGCCCAUGCUCCCCGCCUACAAAAGCCAUGCCUUGAUGAAUCUCCUCUCAAUGCCACAAGAAUCACUGUCGAUGAAUUACGCCAGCAAGGUGAAGGAACUUUCUCUUGAUGUCGAAACACUUAUUUUGUACAAGAGUAGCCCUACGCUCGGCUAUUUCGACCUUCCCAAGUUUAUCGAGAGAAUUCCGCAGGUGCAAACGGUCCGGCUUUACCACAGGUCAGAUUACAUCCUGGGAAUACCACCGUGGAAUAUUCACCAGUCCAGAUGGGGUUAUACUGAACCAAUCUUUUCCUCCAUCGAUAACACUGGAAUUCGUCUUCGCGGCUGGGAAUGGAACAGUCGAUUUUGCGAGACCCCCAAGCUGGUUGAACUCAUGACACAGAAGCACUCGCGAUUUGCAUUCCAUGGGUUGAAAAGGCUCAGGGUGCUCCAUCUCAGUGAAUCGGAGAAAGAGGCUGAUCUUCAAACGGCGACUGUCUUCGCCACGGCUCUUGAGUCCCUCCCGGAACUUCAAUGCCUAGAAUUCCUUGAAUCCUCACUUGUCAAUCACGAGAUCUUGCUAAAGCUGCCAUCCGCCCUCCAGUCGCUCACCCUCUGCAAUUGCGAUCGAAUCUUCUCACAUGAACUCACGUCCUUCAUGAAAUCCCGUGGCGGUCAUCUUCGUGAACUUAACCUGAGUCACAACCGUCACCUGAAUUUGUCCUUCAUUCAGACACUUGGUCCAUCAUGCCCCAACCUUGAACGCUUCAAGAUGGACAUAUCGAUGCAUGACUGGUCCAGCUACCAUGACGUUGAACCACACUUUCUUGAGCUAUUAACAAAAUCGGAAAUUCCCACCUGGCCCGAGAAAUUACAGCAAAUCGAACUGAUCCAGCUUCGGAAAUGGGAUGAUGCCACAGCAGAGGUGUUUUUCACCUCACUGAUUGAUGCGGCACCCCGACUUCGUGACCUUCGGCGAAUGCUUAUUAGUGUGAUUCUGAAGAUCGGAUGGCGUGACCGUGCAUCGUUCCGGGAGCGAUGGAUUAGCCAGCUGGAGCGAGUGUUUUUGCGACGAAGCCAGCCCCCGAAUCCCAACCUACGGUCAAUUCGCAAACGCCCCUUGCAAUCCGGCGCUCUCGCCAACGAAAGAGCCACCCAUCCUGAAGACGGAGCUCUACCUGGCUCUGCACACACCGAGACAGCUGACGGCGGCUCGUUCGGCCCUUCCCAACGCCAUAGCGCACGCCUGGCGCAACACAGAUCCUCACAAGCCGAGGAAAUUACUGAGCUGAGCCCAAUUGAGCCGUUUUCGCAACCGCUGAGCCGUGAUAUUCAAGGCAUGUGCGACGUGGUGAAGAUCCGCAUUGAUAAUCAGAGGCCUACUGAAACGCAAUUCAACGAAGACGAUUUCCUUGACGAUGAGCUGAGUGGUGACGAAGACUGGGACGGCCAAGACUUCGAGCCUGCCCCAGGCCAUGCAUGGUAG